AUGAUCUCUUGUCAAAAUCGUGCACACAAAGAAUUCCAAAACAUUUCUCUACAUAUACAAUAUAAACAAUAAAAUUUAGUGCUUAUGUUUCUGUGAUAAGUGUCAUAACCAAGAAUUCUUAUAGUACAAAUAUUCGUAUGUAUAAAUUCGGUAACAGGAGGAAAAGAAUUUCGUCACCAUGGUGCUGUAUAUAAUACCAAAGACUAGAUUUGUGAAGAAUGUGGGUAGUUUCAAGAGCCUCAAGAAGUACGCCUGGAACGAGAUCAACCAGAGCUGUGCCCAGAAGCACUGCCUCAACAGUGGCAAUGGCACUAGAAUCCAUCAUUUCAGUACAACUGGGUCAACGAAUGGUUCGGGAAACCAGCAAGGUGGUGGUGGUACGUUGACAAAAGGUAUGACAAAAAGUUGGAAAUGGAGAAGUGUUCUAUCCGUUUUCGACUGGUGGAUUUUAGCCGCAGGGGGAUGGGUGACCUGGAGAGGCGUCCUCACCAGAUGGACCCCCUUGGGAAUCUGUCUGAUUGUCGCCAUGCAAUGGAGAUCUAGGAGAAAGGAUGGAGGAGCUGAUGUAAAGACUGCUAGCGACUUUGAGGUCAGUCGGGGGAAAGGAAUAGAGCAAAGGGUCUAACCUAAACUGUUCUGAGUUUACAUACAGGAAUAAAGCGGAUAUUGCUAUCUAUCUAUAUAUGUGUGUCGGAUGAAAUACGGUGAUAUUAGUUUUUUAUUAAAUUAGAUUAUAAAAUGGAAGCAAGCAAUAUUGGUGGAUGAAGUAUCAAUUGUAUCCUUUGAUCCCCAAUCAAUCACUUUGCCAGCUUCUUUCUUAUGGGACAAUUCUGGCAUAACAGAGCUCAUAAAAUAGCGUUGUCAUGGUAACAGCAUCUUAUGCUUUUC